GACUCACUAACUCAGCGGGAUCAUCCCGCUCGUGUGAGUUAUAUUCCAAACCUCCGUAGCCCACAUUAGAUAUUCCACCUUGCUUUAGUUGCUUCUUGUAUUGGUCUUGGUCCUCUCAGAUUCGAUUCCACUACAAUCUUCCCUUUGAAAAUUCAGGAUGAACUGAGAUUUCUUGAAUUGAUUUGCUUCUGUGAGGUUUUAAGUAUUUCUGAGUAUAAGUGAUUAUGGCAACACGGCGUAACGUGCAGUAUUCACGUCUACCUGUAGACGAUGAUGAUUAUAAUGGAAGUUCAGAUGAUCCGCGUUUUGCAUAUACUCCUAAAUCAUUCGAUAAGAUUCCAUGGAAGUCCAUUUUACUAGCGCUUUUCCUUCUCUUGCUUGGAUCGUUGCUUCUCUUUCUGGCUUUCUUUAUCUUAUCUGGUCAUAUGGGAGGCGAAAAAUCUCAGGCUUAUGGCCUCUUUACACUUGGUGUCCUCGCAUUUCUUCCUGGGUUUUACGAGACCAGGAUAGCUUACUACUCGUGGAGGGGUGCACAAGGGUAUCGGUUCGCAUCUAUCCCUGGUUAUUGAGGUUGUUUGGGAGGUCUCUUCUUCAGGAUCGGUUUUGUCCUGGUUUAUUCACUAGCAUAGUGGCAUGUAACUAUCGAAUUGCAGUUCUCUCCAGAGGUAGUCUUAGUAGUUUCAUAUUGGUUUCAUGAUCGAAUAUUUCAUUUUGUGUUGAGAAUGAUCCAUGCCUUUGUAUCUCUCAAUAUAAGUAUGAGUGCGUACUAAAUGUCUUUGGUAUGUGUAUAUAUGAGGAUUAUACGAUGAAUGGUAUCUGCAGUAAAACUGUACAUGAAUCUAGAGCUCAUUGAAUUGUUUCGCCAGUCAACUAUUUUCGGGCUCAGGUUAUCUCAGUCAGCUUAAUUGUCUUUGUAUGAGCUGAACUCUGUAUAGGGAGAUCCGUCGCUGUGCUAACAUUUAGAUGCAGUGUUUAGAUUCAACAUGUCAUGCUAUUUGUGGAUGCUGGUUUUUCUUGGUAGCCAUCUUGCAGCUCCUGGUUUGUUGCGAGGUAUUUUAGAUUCAAAUAGAAUAUGCAACUCAAGAUGGCACCAAGAUAUAUGGCAUAUGGGCAUGCUGAAGUUACAGAAAGUUUUGGCGCAAUUUUGGUGUUUCGGGUAGCUUAAAGAUCACUUGGGGUGCGAGGGUUUGGUUUAGAUGUUUCUUGUUUCUCUUAAAUAGCAUCAGUUUCCUGUAUUAAUGCUAUGUUAUGAUGAUUACCUCUUUUUCUGACA